UCUCACACACACACGCAAGUUCAUUGGACUCACAGUUCAGAAAACAACUACACCUGCGUGUUUAUAUGGUUAAAACACGCACGCUAGAAUAUUGGAACUUUUUCUUUUAGAAGUUGUAUCCAGAUGAACUAGUAGAAUGAGUAGGAUGAAGUAACAGUGGAUGUAUGGCAUACAAUCGCUUAGAUGCAAGCUUUUGGUCAGACUUGCAUAUUAAUGAUCAGAUGACAUUAACACGUGCUGUCAUAUCUUACAUCUUACUCGCGCCGUUCCAAAAUGAACAGGACUUACACUUUGCUCUGACAGGAGUGAUUUGUUAAUCGGUAAAGCGGACAGAUUAUUUCAGCACUGUAAAUCAUUUGAAUGCAAAAAUGGGGUCCAAAGGAAUACUUCUAAUACUAGCUGGAGUCCUCCUCGCUUAUUAUGUUUAUUCACCAAUUCCUUAUGAUAUUGAAGAGAGAUGGAAGCUGAUGGUUACAGAUUCAUUCUUCAGAAGUCUUAGUAACCUGGCAGAGAUCAGUGAGCUUCUUGGUCUGAAGCACUACAUGGGUGUGAUGAUGUUCCUCACCGUAGCUGAAGAGGUCGUUCCAGCAUCCGAUGACAAUGUGAAAGUUACAGAUGCUUUGUUUUACGAUGUACCGGUUGUUGUAUAUGAACCCAAGAGAAAAACCAAUGGGGAACUCAACAGGGCUGUCAUCUUUAUACAUGGUGGGGGCUGGUGUUUAGGCAGUGCAAGAAUGGGACCUUAUGAUCUUCUAUCCAGAAGGACUGCCAAGGAACUGAAUGCUGUUGUUGUAUCUGUAGAUUACCGGUUGGCUCCAGCAUACCAUUUUCCUGUUCAGUUUGACGAUGUUUAUAAUGUAGUAAAGUACAUUGUACAAGACCAUGUCUUGAACCAGUACUCUGUGGAUGUCAAACGCAUAGCUGUUUCAGGAGACAGCGCUGGUGGAAAUUUGGCUGCUGCAGUAGCACAACAGCUUCAAGAAGAUCCAGAAAUCCAAGUUGAUCUGAAGGCACAAGUAUUGCUGUACCCAGCGCUUCAGGCCCUGGACAUGAAUACACCUUCGUACCAGCAGAAUGAGUACAUGCCUAUACUGCCAAAGACAUUAAUGGUCAGGUUUUGGAGUGAAUACUUCACCUCUGAUUUAUCCCUCUUUCAUGCAAUGAUGAGUAACAGCCACAACAGUUUGGAGUCUGCUCAUUUAUUGAAGUUUGUAAACUGGAGCGUUUUCCUGCCUGAGAUCUUCCGAUUGAAGUACAAUUAUACUAUGCCAAGCCGCAAGAGCUCAGACCCGUCAGAAACGAUCUCAGCCAUCAUAGACCCCAGAGCUUCUCCCCUGCUAGUUGAUGAUGUGAAAUUGCAAGUGUUGCCCAAAGCCUACAUUCUGACCUGUGAGUAUGAUGUGUUGAGGGAUGAUGGUGUCAUGUAUGCCACAAGGCUAAGAAGAGCAGGAGUGCAGGUAACGCUUGAACAUUUUAAAGACGGCUUCCACGGGGCGAUGAUGCUCACUACGUGGCCAACCAGCUUUGAAGUUGGGCACAGAAUGGUAAACAGUUACAUUAAGUGGUUAGAUAACAAUCUAUAAACUAGAACUGUUUCAAGGCGUCAAAAUAAUUCUGCUGCAGAUGGAUGUGUGGAGGAUGUACUGUAUCUUUAUUUAUUUAUUUUAUUACUAAAUGGCACAAAUAUAAACCAAAAUAACUCCCUCAGUUCAUGGAAUGGAUUUUCACUUUGAAAUCAAGCUACAGUACAUACAAAAAACAAACCAAAAACAAACCAUAUGUAGACUGUAGGUUAAUAAAUAUAAAUUACAUUGCUGGAAACUGGAGAGCCUUAAUGUUUGCUUUUAUGAUCUGUGGUCAAGUAUAAUUCCAUGUUAACUCUUUAAGGACCAAGCCUAUUUGGAGAUAUGACCGCCUCCAUCUCUUCGUUAUACACACAAAGUAUCAUUAGAGCAAAUUCAAACUACAAAUGUGUGCAUGUCUAAUUUAUACAGUAGCUAUGCUUUAUGUAUGACUUUUCCUCGUUCUCUCAUUGCAAUUAAUGAGAUACAGUAUAUUAUCCAACACAAAACAGAACAGUCCAAUAUAAUAAAAAAGAUACAUUUGCAGUAGACAUUUUCAGCAGCUUUGCCUGUCAUGCUAUCCACUCCUUCUUGCACAUACUGUAUUACUGUAUACAUGGGCUGUGAACGUUAGUGUCGGCUCAGUGAGGGUUUCCCCUGUCCAGUAAUGCAGAUUUCAAAGUUGUCACAUAGUGAACGUGAUUGCAGUCCCCAAACUACACUCCAGUAAUUUCCUAUGUACAUGUGAUCCUCAAAUGGGGACUUGUCAGAUCUGAUAUUUUGGUUGUACAGAAGGGCGCAAAAUUUACAAAUUUGUCAAAAUGGGGGCGUGGAUUUUUGUUAAAAUGAUUUUUGUUGCAGAAUUGUUUGUAAACAUUAGAAAGUCCGUGACUCAGCAAUUUGUCAGAAUUGCCAGGAGGGGAACAAAAACUAGUUUAAAAAAAAAAAAGAGUACAAAAUAAAUAAAAAAAUCAGUGCAACUCUGCAUUGUACAGCCUUGCUGCGCAUUACCCUGCUGUAAAUUAUUGCUAUAGCUGCUCAACUAAAUUCCCAAACUGUGGCAACUGUGGUGUUCUAUUGAUCUGAUGAUGUACACAGAGGUAGAUCUAAACACACACUGCCCCUGACUAGUGCUUUGCUUCAUGGGUCAUUUUUUGACACUUUUAUUUGAAACCCAUACAAAUACAGAAAGAAAGCCCAAUAAACAAAAUGCUUGAGAUCUACCCCUGUUUGGAUCAUCAAAAAGACCCUGUGGUUUUGGCUUAGUCAAGUCCAUGGUGUUUGCAAAUCACAAACACAAAGAGACAUUUAGAUUUUACAUGUGAUGUUUUUCUAUUUUUGAAUGUUCACAUCUUUUGUUUUAUGUGUUUUACUUGGUCUUUUUUUUUGUGUGUACAGAUUUCUUAGGAUUUCUUAGGAGCAUUUUUCUUCUGAUGAUUCUUGCUGACGUUUUUUUUUUGUUAACCAGGGGUGGCUGGGCAGGGUUUAAUGUUAAGAGUAAUAGCACGUCAAUGUUCUGCCUGCUCCAAGAACAGAGGAAGUUAGAAACAUUGUGGAGCUCAUGUGACCUGUUGUGUAUUCUGAGGCAGACAGGCAAACAUUGAGAAACUUUCUAGUAAGAGGUUUCUAACCUUGGUCUGUCUUAACUAAAAGCACCCAUUCUAGAACUCCUGCAGGUAAGCUCUGUAGGUGGGCAAGAUUUACAGAACUCACAGAGACCGAUUGUCAGCUGUUUCCAUUUGUUGCACAGCUACACAUACUGAAAUAAAUGCUGUUUUAUGCUCACUUCUUCAUUUCUCUUUGUUCACUGAUUUUUUUUCUGUGAUGAUGUGCUUAUUUUUUAAUGAUCUCUUGCUAACAAUAAAUGUUACCCCUGUAUU